AUGUACAUCCCCUCCAAGUUUUCGCACUUUUCCGAGACGCCCAGCUCGGCGCUCAACUGGCGUCUUGCCGUCGCCGUCGUUGGCAUGGGUCUUCUCGGUGCAUCUCGUGGUAUCGACGAGGGUCUGAUUGGAGGCAUGAUCUCACAAAAGACUUUCGAAAAGGUCUUCCACAUUCCGGCCAAGAGCAACAAGGAGUCUAAUGUGACUGCCAUGGUCCAGCUCUUCUCGGUACUCGGUGCCAUCCUCGGCUACCCCAUCUGCGAGCGCCUCGGACGUGUUCGUGGCGCUCAGGUUGCAUGCUGCCUUGUGCUUCUCGGCAGUGCCUUGUGGGCUGGUAGCGCAGGUAACUACGCCAUGCUGCUUGCUGCCCGUGCGAUCGCUGGUAUCGGUGUCGGUCUGACCCCCAUCGUCGCACCCAUCUUCCUUGUCGAGGUGGCGCCUAAGCAGAUUCGUGGUCUCUGCACCUCCGUCUACUCGUUCAAUGUAUACCUCGGUCUUCUCCUUGGCUACUGCACCAACCUGGGUGUCAAGGAACACGUCAACGCCAAGACAAACGCCAUCUGGCAGAUCCCCCUUUCGCUCAACUUCUCUCUCCACGCCGUCGUACUCAUCUUCACGCUCUUCCUCAAGGAAUCGCCACGAUGGCUCAUGAUGAAGGGACGCAUCGAGGAUGCUUCUGCCUCGCUUGGAUGGUACCGCGGCAUGGAGCCUCGAGACCAGGCUUUCGUUGAAGAGUACGAGUUGAUCGCCGACUCGGUCAGGCAGGAGCGAGAGGCUACGGACGGUCUCGGCUUCAUGGGCAAGGUUCGCGAGCUUUUCUGCAACAAGAACAACCAGUUCAAGCUCGUGCUCUGUAUUCUUAUCCAGAUCCUCGGUCAGUGGCAAGGCCCUGGUGCGCUUUCCACCUACGCCAACCGCAUCCUGGCCCUGAUCGGUAUCAACGACAGCAAGGGCUACGUCAUGUCGGCUGGCUUUGGUGCUGUCAAGCUCGGCGCUGGUAUCAUCUCGUCGUUCUUCUUGAUUGAUCUUUUCGGUCGUCGACGCACCCUGUGGGUAUCGACCCUCUUCCAAGGUCUCGCCAUGCUCUACGUCGCCAUCUAUCUCGGAGUGUUCAUCGACCACAAGCACCCGCGCAACAAGUCAGCAUCCCAAGCUGCUCUUGCCGGUAUCUUUAUCGCCGGUGCCUCGUGGUCGGCUGGUGGAAACCUCGCGCAGUACCUCAUCAACUCCGAGAUCUUCAGCCUUGACGUCCGUGCACUCUCUGCAUCGUUCGUAAUGGCUUUCCAUUUCCUGAUGCAGUACAGCACCACUCGAGCUCUGCAGCCCAUGCUCAACUCGGGCCUCAAAGGUGCUGGCACUUUCGCCAUUUUCGCUGCCAUGUCGCUGGUCGUAGCUCUGCCCGUUUACCUCUUCUUCCUGCCCGAGACUUCGGGUCAGAGCUUGGAGAGGAUCGACGAGCUGUUCGAUCUGCCGUGGUACAAGAUCGGUCGUGCCAGCAGACGUCCGGUUCGCGACGAGAUGCCUUCGCACUCGAUGCCUGCCGCUCUCGAAUCGCAGUGGCAGCGCGACGCUGCUCGCGUCAACACUGCUGUGGACGAGAAGGACAAGGACAAGACCGACACUCACGCCUCGGCUCAGCCUGCUCUCAACGUUCGUGAUGCCAAGUGA